AUGCCCGAGUCACCGGCCCUUGGCCGGCCCAUUACGCUGAAAUUAUCCGGCAAGGUGAUCCCGAAUCGUUUAUACCGCUCCGCACUGAGCGAAUUUCUGGGGACCUUUGACAAGGACAACCUCGACGCUAGUGGCGAACCGUUACUAGAGUACACGACAUUCCAUCAAGGACUCGCAGAUGGCAACGUGGGAUUGAUAUGCUUUGGCAACAUUCCCGUUCACAGGGAAUACCUGCAGGCCGCCAAAAACGUUAUCCUCGACGCGAAUCAGUCCUGGGACCCCAUCGAGGCACUCUCCCCGGCAAUCCAGGCUGCAAAGUCCAGGGGCGGCCUGUGUCUGCCCCAGCUUACCUUUCCAGGCAGACAAGUCCCCGAGCACCUCAAUGUGUCACCGCUCUCUGCGUCCGAUGUGCAGCUAUCGCCGUGCUUGAACAUGACUUACGGAAAGCCGACCCCACUUUCAAAGGACGGCAUACAAGACCUGAUUGGGCGUUUUGUGUGGGCGGCCAAAGUACUAGCUCAGGCUGGGGCGGAUGGUGUCAUUUACGGAGGAAGCUUAGAAAACCGCGCCCGGUUCCUCCUAGAGACCGUGCACGCGAUCAAGAACGAGGUGUCGACGGACAAGUUUGUCAUUGGAGUCAAGUUCAACUGCCAUGAUUUCAUCGAGGGUGGGCAGACAUUCGAGGACCAAUGCGUUGUCUUCAAGUGGCUGGAAGACGCCGGCGUGGAUUUCUUCGACAUCACCGGCGGCACGUAUGCAUCUCCGGCCUGGCGCGGGGACCCUCUGGAAACGUACCCGGGCUUCCCAUCCGGACCCCCGGGCGAAGGGUGA